AUGGCUGCCGGCGGCGGUGGGGCUGGAGAAAGAUCGUUAGAGGAGACUCCUACGUGGGCUGUUGCUAUUGUGUGCGCUGUGUUCGUGAUCAUUUCUUUCCUCAUGGAACUUGGGAUUCAUUCCCUUGGAAAGUGGUUUCAGAAACGCCAAAACAAAGCCAUGAUCGAAGCUCUGGAAAAAAUUAAAUCAGAGCUGAUGAUACUGGGGUUCAUUUCCCUGCUGCUUACCGUGAGCGCCACCUAUAUUGCAAAGAUAUGUGUUCCAGCCAAACUCGGAGAUAAGUGGCUGCCCUGCCCUGAAGAUUCGUACGAGAAGGGGGAGGAAAAAGGAAGCAGAAAUAUUGAAGAUGACAGCCGUAGGAAACUACUGCUACUUUCCUACGCGGGAGAAAUGGUAUGGCGUCGAGCUCUGGCUGCUGAUGGGGAUGACAAAGAUUACUGCGCUGCUAAAGAGAAGGUAUCGUUGAUAUCAUACAAGGGAGUGCAUCAGCUGCACAUCUUCAUAUUCGUUCUUGCAGUUCUUCAUGUCCUUUACAGUGUCAUCCUCAUGGCCCUCGGUCACGCCAAAAUGAAAAAAUGGAAGGCGUGGGAAUUGGAAACCGCUUCCUUGGAAUAUCAGUUCUCGAGUGAUCCGGCUAGAUUCAGGCUGGCCCAUCAAACAACUUUUGUGAGGCGUCACGGUGGAAUGGCCAGAGCACCGGGAGUGAGAUGGAUCGUGGCAUUCUUGAGGCAAUUUUUUGGUUCGAUAUCCAAGGUGGAUUAUCUGACGAUCCGCAACGGAUUCAUCAACGCGCAUUUUGCUCCAAAUGCCAAAUUUGAUUUCCACAGGUACAUCAAAAGAUCCAUGGAAGAUGACUAUAAGAGGGUCUUGGGAAUAAGUAUCCCAUUGUGGUCCUUUGUACUCUUCUUUCUGCUUUUAAACUUUUCCCGUUGGCAUACAAUAUCCUGGAUAUCCUUGAUCCCGCUUCUCAUCCUCGUUUUGGUGGGGACGAAACUUGAACUGGUUAUAAUGGAGAUGGCACAGCAAAUCCAGGACAAGACUACAGUUGUUAGAGGAGCUCCUGUGGUGGAGCCAACCAAUGACUUUUUCUGGUUCAGUCGCCCCCACUGGAUCCUCUUCUUAAUACACUUUACCUUGUUCGAGAAUGCAUACCAAAUGGCAUACUUCUUGUGGUCAUGGUACGAGUUCGGGAUCGGUUCAUGCAUGCAUGAGAAUUUGGUGAUGAUAUUGCUUCGAGUAUUCCUCGGCCUUGCCCUUCAAGCCCUCUGCAGCUACAUUACAUUCCCUCUGUAUGCCCUGGUAACGCAGAUGGGAUCUCACAUGAAGAAAGCAAUUUUUGAGGAGCAAACUGCCAAGGCUCUGAAGAAAUGGCAUCAGGCGGCUAAGAACAGGAAGAAGCUGCGCAAAGCAGGGGCAGCAACAGAUACUUCUACUAGUAAUGCCAAUUUCACCACCCCAGAUCAAGGUUCUUCACCUCUCCAUCUGCUUCACAACUUCAAAUGCCGCUCUAAUGCUCCAGAAACAGAAAGUUAUCCUCCUUCUCCAACGUCUUAUCAAACUGAUAAUGAGCUUUCAGAUCUUGAAGCUUCCGCCCGCGGACCUACACAUGACGCCGCAUUAGGUAGUGCCACAGAUCAUAGAAAUGUAGACCCCCAUCCUCAAGAUUUUUCAUUUGUUAAGCUCUAG